CUGCUUGGUUGAUGGAUUUGCAUUGCCUUUAAAUUCUUUAUUUACAUUAAUUGUAGACAGUAUUUAUUUGUGAAGUUCGGGUAUCCAUCGGGUGACUCUUAUAAAGUGAAUUAAAAUUAAUUGGAAGUUUAAGUGAACUUGAUAAGAUGUUUGUGUGUUUUGCAUAACAAUCGAUUGAAUUAAUUUAGGUUUUGUUUAAAAAAAGUAAACAUUAAUUUCUAGUUAAAAUGGAAAAAAACAGCGUUAAAUGAAGAUGUUCAAGUUGUGCUGUGUAUUUGUAUUAAAUUAUAAAAUUGGAACUGGACAUGAAUGGUGAAUGAAAUUUUAAUAAAGUGAAAAUGUCGGAUGAAGAAGACUCCUCACCAGACUGGGCACUGGCACCCAGCAACAAUCUACCAGUGGUGGGCAUAAAACGUCUGAAGCACAUUGAGAGUAUGUUCGUGUCCCGGCGUCUUCAGGGGCCCAGGAGUCACGGACUGAGCGUUGAGACGCUCAUCGACGUGCUGCUGGUGCUGUAUGAUGAGUGCUGCAACAGCAGCCUGCGAAGGGAGAAGACGGUUGCGGACUUUCUGAACUAUGUCAAGCCGGUGGCGAGCGCGUUGAAGCGUCUGCGUCUGUCGCGCGACGACUUCGAACUGGUCAAGGUUAUCGGACGCGGCGCUUUUGGCGAAGUGUGUGUUGUGCGAGCGUCCUUUAUGCAGAGUGGUGAAGGCAAUGGUGCGUCGAGUACAGCCAGCAGUGAACGAGUUUACGCCAUGAAAAUACUCAACAAAUGGGAAAUGUUAAAGCGAGCGGACACAGCGUGCUUCCAAGAAGAAAGAGACGUACUGGUGUUUGGUGACAGAAGAUGGAUAACGAACUUGCACUACGCCUUCCAGGAUGAUCAUAACUUGUAUCUGGUGAUGGACUACUACUGCGGCGGCGAUCUACUCACGCUGCUAUCCAAGUUUGAGGAUCGACUGCCGGAGGACAUGGCUCGCUUCUACAUCAGCGAGAUGGUGCUGGCCAUACAGAGUGUUCAUGAGCUGCGAUACGUCCACAGGGAUAUCAAGCCUGACAAUGUGCUGUUGGAUGCUAGCGGACACAUAAGACUUGCUGACUUCGGAUCCUGUCUGCGACUUGGAGAUGAUGGAAAGGUACAAAGCAACGUGGCCGUCGGGACACCAGACUAUAUAUCGCCGGAAAUAUUACGGGCGAUGGAGGAUGGUCAAGGGAGGUAUGGACCGGAAUGCGAUUGGUGGUCACUCGGUGUUUGUAUGUACGAGAUGCUGUUCGGGGAGACGCCGUUCUACGCGGAGUCUCUCGUGGAGACCUACGGCAAGAUUAUGAACCACGCGCGCAGCUUCCACUGUCCUCCGCCUGAUGAACAUGCGCCGCAAGUAUCUGAAGAAGCUAUGGAUCUGAUACGCCGAUUGAUCUGUGCGUCAGAGACGAGACUGGGCAAGAAUGGCAUUCAAGAUUUUAAGAGUCACCCCUGGUUCAGUGGCGUGGAUUGGGAGAGUAUACGGGAAGCUAGCGCGCCGUUCGUUCCCGAUGUCGCCAGCCCCACAGACACUUCCAACUUUGACGUCGAUGAUACAGAUAUAAGAUUAUCAGAAGCAGUUCCACCACCGCGGGCGUCGGGUGCGUUUUCCGGUCUCCACCUGCCGUUUGUGGGAUUCACAUUCACGGCUGGAUCGCCGCUGUCCGAUCUGGGGGCUCCAACGCCACUCAGCCCUGCCAAAAAUGCCAUCAAUCAGGCACCGUCGAACGCCAGUGACCGCGUGGCUUUGAAAGCCCUGGAGCGAGAGAACGCUCUCCUGGCGCAGACCAUCGCGGAGCUGAGGGCCUCGCAGCAUGAGCCUGGAAACGAUGAAUCAAUACAACUCCGUGAAGAGCUUUCGACGAUCAAGAAGAGGAAUGCGGAGUUGGAGGCCCAGCUCAAACGAUACGACACUUCGAACACAUCGUCUAUUGCGCAGGACGCAUCUCAGGAUUUGGUUGUGAAAUUGCGAGAUCUGGAGAGCACAAUUGAAAACAUAAAUCUGGAAAAGGAGGAAUUGUUGAAGGAUAAAAUGGACUCGCUCGAGAAGCUCCGGUUGCAAGAUAAAGAGUUGAAGGACGCGGUGUCACAGCGCAAGCUCGCGAUGACGGAGUACAACGAGGUGACGGACAAAUUGUCGGAGCUGAGGCAACAGAAACAGAAGCUGUCGCGACAGGUACGCGAUAAAGAGGAAGAAUUGGAAGUGGCGAUGCAGAAGAUAGACUCAUUGCGGCAGGAUAUAAGACGGGCGGACAAGAUGCGACGUGAACUUGAGGCGAGACUAGACACCGCUCUGGCUGAGGCCACCAAGGAAAGAAAACUUCGCGAGGAGUCUCUUCGGCUUCAACGUGUCGAGGCGGGCGCUUCGCCCCUGGCCGUGUCUCCCUCGUCUACUGCGGCAGACGUGGCCAAACUGCAGGCUGACAUUGAAGCCCUUGAGGCUCAAUAUGCAGAGUCAGUGGCACAACAACAGGCGCGGUACACGGCCGAGCUGUCGGCUCUGCGCGAACAGCUGCACGAAACCGACGCCAUGAGGGACAGGCUAUCUAGAGAGUUACAAUCGUCCAAGGACAAACUGGAGAAUCGUCGUCUCGAGCAACUGACCGACAGUGAGGACAAACAGAUGCUGAUCAAUGAAAACAGGAAAUUGGCCAAAGACUUGGAUGCGAUGGCAGAGAACGGCAGACGCUGGCAAGCGGAAAGGCGACAACUAGAGAUGGAGCUGGACGAGCUUAGAGCUAAGCGGGACACCAUGCAGCAUUGGGAGACGCAGAUAGCGGAUAUAAUCAGAUGGGUGUCUGAUGAGAAGGAGGCUCGCGGUUACCUGCAGGCGUUGGCCACUAAGAUGACGGAGGAACUGGACUUUCUCAAACACGCUACAGCAUCACGUCAAUCUGGGCCGGCGUCCCCGAACAACCCGAACUCUACUCCCGGCUCGGGUUGGAGGAACCGGCGCUCGCAGAAGGUGGACAAGAUGGAGAUCCUCACGCUGCAGUCCUCGCUCCACUCCGAGAUACAGGCCAAGCAGGCGGUCGGCGAGGAGCUGAGCAGAACCAGAGCCGAGCUGGUGGCCAGUCAAAGGGAAUUAGUGGAGACUCGACAGCGGCUCGAUACACUGGCGCACGACAUGAAACGCAAAGAGCAACACAUCCGAGACAUUCAGACGAAAUUAGACCACACGCACAACUCCUCCAGGCAGGGAUCUACGAAGUCCUAUUGGAGCGGCAAAGAAGAGAAUGUUCUGGAUCGGCCUCCGUCGCAGAUGAGUUACUUGGAACAGUUCCUCAAGGACGCGCCGACCGAGAGACACUACGACAACGUUGCCUCUAUGAACAUUAAUGAACAGAAGAUGUCGCCGCAGUACCGUUACAGAAAUGCGCCGGAGCAUUGUUGUAAGAUGAUGUAUGGAUCGCAGCAGUCGGCGGCGCUCAGCGGGUCUGUCGAGUCUCAAGACGAGUUGGAACAGCGAGCUUCGCCUGUAUCCUGUAACAGUUCGCCCACGGAGAUUUCCAAUGAGCCGACGGUGGGUCCAUCGGUGCCGGGCAAGCAGAAACUCCACCAGUUCCUCGUGAGGACCUUCAGCAGCCCCACCAAGUGCAACCACUGCACCUCGCUCAUGAUAGGCGUGACGCGGCAGGGCGUGGUCUGUGAGCGGUGCGGCGUGGCCGUGCAUACCGCGUGCUGUGCCCGCGUGGCUCCGCGAUGUCCGCUGCCGGCCGAGCGCUGUCGUCGCCCGCUCGGCAUCGACCCCGCGCGAGGCCAGGGCACUGCCUACGAGGGCUACGUUAAGGUACCAAAACCCGGCGGUGUUAAGAAAGGUUGGAUGCGGCAAUUCGUGGUCGUGUGCGACUUCAAACUGUUCCUGUAUGACAUAUCACAAGAUAGAAACGCACUGCCGUCCGUCUGUGUGAGCCAGGUGCUAGACAUGCGGGACCCCGAGUUCAGCGUGACGUCAGUGAAGGAUUCCGACGUCAUACAUGCGAGCAAACGAGACAUACCUUGUAUAUUUAGAAUAUCGACGUCUCAAUUGGAGGGGGGCAAACGUUUCCACACGCUCAUGUUAGCCGAGUCCGAGUCGGAGAAGACGAAGUGGGUUGUUGCGCUCAGUGAGUUGCACCGGAUACUCAAGCGGAACAACCUGCCGGAUAAAUGUGUGUACAGUGCCGCUGCGUUGGUUGACUCGUCGUCGUGGGCUGGCGUGCGCAGCGUGCAGUGUGCGUGCGUGGUGGAGCGAAGUCGCGUGUGUGUGGGCGGAGACUUCGGGCUCGCGUUACUCGACCUCGAGCGCGGGGAGAUAGUGCCGCGCAGAGCGCAUGCGCCCGUCGCCCGUUUACACUACGUGCCCGCAGAACAUCUUCUGGUUGUGAUAGCUGGUCGCGGCAGAUACGUGCGACUGGUGCCGAUCCGAGCCCUAGAGUGUCCGGAGGUGGAGAGUGUCAAGCUAGGUGACGCCAAGGGGGCCGUGGAUGUAGCGGUCGGGGAGCUCAGUAACACCGCGCACGGGAUAGCAGUUGUGUGCAAACGACAGAACUUGUGGGUUGUGCUGGUGUACGAGAUUACCCGCACGGCUGCGCGAAGAUACCGCGUGGCAGAGCUGCGUGCGACAGCGCCCGUGCUGAGCGUGCAGCUGCUCAAGGGACGCCUGAUCCUGGGCUACCGAGGCAGUCUCGUGUCGCACACGCUGCGAGCCGACGUCGACAGACCUGGCGCUAUCUCGCUGGUACACCCCGAGAACCACGUGAACGUGUUCCUGGCUAACUCAGGCGCUCGGCCUCUGUGCGCACGCGCCGUGGGCUCGGACUGGCUACUGGUGUUUGGCGCACUCGCGCUAUACGUGGACAAAGUGGGGAUGCGGGCCCGCGACGCAGAGAUUAUGUACACCGCGCAACCGCUGUACCACGCCGUGAACGACACACAUCUGCUGAUAUUCACAACGUCCCACGUCGAUGUCUACGACCUAGAGUCUGGAGAGUGGGUGCAAACCAUCAAUAUACCGAACGCCCGGCCUCUGGAUGAAAGCGGGUGGCUGUGCAGUGUGGGUGGCGCGGGGGGUGGUAACGGGUUCCCCUUCUCUGCAGAUCCCACCCCCUACAUCGUGUACCUGCGCCCGUUGCUUACGCAGGGCCCGUUGAACGUGGACAUGGUGACAUACGGGUCCAACAAGCGGCGGUUCUCGGUCCGAGAGCAGUCGCACCAGGCAAUCGAGGCUCAUAACAGAUUGGCGGAGCGCCGGUCGCGGCUGAUAUCUGCGCCAACGAACUUCGCGCACGUGUCGCACAUGGGGCCGGGGGACGGUAUCCGCUCACAGCGGCUGUUGGACCUGCCCACCACCGUGGAGACGGCUGAUGACCACGAUCACCAUCAGAUGUACAGCAGUCGGGAUAGCAGCAAACGUACUUCCCCACUCACAAUAUCGCACCCAACUGGAUCAUAUAACGGGUCGUGGCGGUCGGGUCGGUCGCGGGAACCGCCCACCGAGGCUCCGCCUUCUCCACCAAGGUCUCACAGACCGAUGGACAGGUCGAUAGGCGGCGGGUCGGCAGGCAGCGGCUCGCUAUUGGAACGAUCAAUUACCCCGCUCAGUCUGGGCAGCAUGAGCUCCUUGCAUGAUGUACUUAAGGUGGGCGUGGAGUGCUCACAGUCGAGCAGUAGCUGCGGGCCGUCGCCGACGCACACACACGCACAUGCGGACGAACACGCCCACACAUACGAGCACACGGACGAUACAUGAUCGGGUCAGUUGGACGCGUAUUGGACCAUAGACUUGUCUAAGCUCUAUGCAUGUUUUUGCUGACGGUCCAUGCGCGUGACGUCACCCGCGCCUAGCCAGUCGCGAGCGCCGACGUCACCUCGCGCCAUAACGAACUUUACGCUUAGCCGUUUAACAGUGAGUGAGUACGGUCGGCGUAUGAAUCGAAAUUACAAAGAAUAAUUUUAUUUAAGAAAACUCCAUCUCAUUGGCAGAUGUAUAUUGCUGUAGAAUGUUUUAUUGAUAUUAUGUGUAAUUAUAUUUAAUUCAGUUUCGCCAUUGAUAUUAUAUAUUAUUAUCUAUUUAUUUGCGAACAUUUUUGGUUCCUUUUUGGUAAAUAUACAUUUAAAAGUAUACAGUUAUACUUGUCGGAUAUAUAUUAUGUGACAUGUUUUAUGUGCUGUGUCUAUAUUUUACGUAAUUUAAUGGUUUUAAAAAGUUACUUAUGCCUGGUUGAUAUCUGAAAUAUUAAUUUAGCGGUAAUGUUUUAGUGAGAAUAAUAUACAUACCUUCGGUUUACUUAUUAAUUUAACCUCAUGUAGGCUUUUAUGUGUUUUUCGUAAUGAAUUCAUAAUGAAUUAAAGAUAUCGUCUAGAUAUACAACAUUGUAUGCUGGUUUAUAUUACCAGUUAUAUCGAAGGUUUUGAUCUUGACUACAUUUAUAAACAAACUGUUUAACGGUGGGAGAAAUUCACCUAUUAUAUAAUAUCUUAAUUAAUAAUAAGGCCUGCACAUUACUUUUUCACGACAGAAAGUGGCGCCGCUGUGGUACUUACCUAGCGGGCAUAUUUAAUUAUCAUUUCCAGAAAGACCAAUGAUAAGAAAAAUUGGCAGAAAUACUAGUCUAAGUUCAUCUUACGUUUUCUGCUUCAUCAGUUCUUACACACUAUAUGGUGUGUAAAGCUUAGAUUUUAAUUUAAUUUGCUGAAUAUAAUGCCUAAAACAAUUUUAUAUCAGGCAAGUUUCACAAGAAAGUUUAAUCACUAAUAAACCAUUCGUUAACUGAUUGUUGCAAUGUCGCGCCGGUUAAAAACAGUAUCUCCUUCCAUGUUACUCGAUAAUAAUGUAUAUUAUAUUAUUAAUGAUCGAAUGUGGCUUUUAGGUCAAUUAGUCUAGGUAUAUGAUGAAAUAUAAAAGUAUAUUGUACUGAAAUAUUUAUCAUACUUUCAUUGUGUUAAAGCUACUGUUUAAUCAUAUAUUUAAUCAAAUAUUAAUAAUAUAAUCAUAUUAUAUAUUCACGUAAUCACGUGAAAUAAUUUAAUUAAUAAAAAAUUCUCAUAAAUUAUUUCUUUUCAAUAAAAGUUACCAUUGUCCGUUUAUUUCAGAUAUGGUAAAAGUAACCAAGUAUGUUAAAAGUAACUUUGACACAGCGGAAUUUAAAUAAGUUCAUAUUAGUGCACGGUGUUUUAAGACAAGAAGUAAGCUUAUUUGACUGUAAACAAGCGGAUUUUUUGUUGGUAUCAGCAACGACAGUAAUUCACGAUAGCAAUAAAGACGAUUUAAUCGUAAUUUUACCAAAACGAUCCUAUAAAUGUAAGACUAUACUCAUACUAGAAAUCCGUGCAUCGUACGAGGCUAAAGUUUUUGUAUUAUAUUUUAAACGUAAUAACACGCUAGAAUUCUUAGGAAAUUAAUAAAUUACUUACUUAAAUUAUCUUUAAGAUGUUGAUGGGCCGACUGCGUCUACAAUUUCUUACACGUCGGGUUAAUGUGAGAGUUUAAUCGCUAGUUAAGCUUUGUGUAACUCGGCUUGGAAUCGCGCCAAUACGCAAUGAACGGAUCGACCUGCUUAGGUAUAUUAUAUAAAUUGUUACACUAAUAUUAAAUGUGUUAUGGUAUUAUAUUAAUAUUACUACUAGGAUUUCUAAUACAGUUUUGUUGAAAGGGUUAAUCUUUUCAGUGUUCCGUUGUACUUACUUGUCACAAACUGGGGGGUUUUUGGGGUUUGGCAUUUGGGGUUUUCACCUCACCUCAGCUGAGUAGAUAAAUUUUAAUUUACUCAAAAUACUUAUAAAAAAAACAAAAAUUAAUUGUACACCAAUCAGUUCAAUCUAUAGCUACCCCUUUCCAUAAAACUGAAUAUUUAUUAUAAGCAUAAACUUAACACUUCCGGGAAUGCUUAGCUAUGACGUCAUCACAACGAGUAGUCAAGUUAAUAUUUACGGACUGUGAAGGUGCCUGUCUAUUGAAGCGUAGAAGACGAAAAAGAAGCGGAAAUAGAUUGCGAAGAAGAGUAAAAAAGAAAUUGUGUGAUUUUAUGAAACCACGAUUCAAGUGAAACCUUUUUUCUCUUUUGAAACGAAUGAAUUGACCGCUACUCAGCGGCGGCCUGUAAGUCUCACUUUAAAAAUUCAUACCACGGAGAAGCGAUGCAAAAAUAAUUGCAUCACUCCCUCUGAUCACUUUUCCUUCUCGCUCUAAUAGACAGUCUGCCUAAAGGAGUGUAUACACUGCCAGCGUACGUGUCUUUUGAACGCUUAGUACAAAUAGUCGAAAUGAUGUCGGCUUCGAGAGAUUAUUUAUGAAAUUGAAGUAAUUUUAUGAGGCUUUUAUAUUAUUCACACGGCUGAAAACUUGUAGAAAUAUUGAAGCGCUUUUAUCCUCCAUUUUUAUUAAAUGAAAUACUAUCCAUAGUUUCAUAUACUCCAAUAAUUAAUUACCCUUAUUUAAUUAUUAUUCCCAUCAUAAUAUAACCGAUAGCCCAUCGUGUCGUUGCCGUGAAUAUAUAAAAGCACUUAUGUCAUCGUUUAUAUGUAAUAGGAAAUGUUUAAGUGUAUAUAAUGUGCUACUAUUCUAAGUUUUGGGUAGAUUCGAUUAAGGUAAAGCAAAUCAACUUCUUAGAUACCUAAUAAUGGUCGAAAUAUACGAAUAUAAAAUUGGAGGCCAUUGCUUAACGGACUAGUAACCUGGUCGACCAAUCACAUGCGCCAUUUAGGUUUCGCGAGAUUCGUUCAGCCAAUCAGAGCGCACAUCCGGCCUAAUGCUCCCCAGAAUAUAGGUAUCUGACGAGUUGGGUUGAUGCUAUAACCAUAAUAUAUCGGCAACCGUAAACGCUUUUUAUUAUAAUCUACCCAAUCGCGAUUUUAUUUAUCCAAUGUAUUCGAAUAUCACAAAACGAAUAAUAUCUCAUUAAUGUUAUUGCUCUGUAAUGAAAAAUAUGAAUAAAAAUAGGCUAUAUAAAUAAUUAUUAUUUAACAAUCUAGUCUUUUUUUAAUACUUGACGUAAGCGAAUUGAAACUUUUAUGUAUUUGUCGUUUUAUUUUUAAUUUAGUUGCGUAGUUAUUGCAGGUAACAGUUUAAUGAUUACGACGGCCAUUUUGUGUAGCGCUUCACAAGAUGGCGGACGCUGAAGCGUGGGCUUCUUUUUAUAUUCUUUUUUAUGAUUUUUACACGUCGACAAAUAAUUGUGUAUCCAAAGAUCUGUCAUAAUUAAUGAACUAAAAUAUAUUAAUCGUAUCGGUAAAAUGUAUAGGUAUAUACUGAAAUAACAAAUUGUACGGAGAAAAGAACUGAUUUUGUAUUUGGUAUUGUAAUUUGUGUGUUUAAUGUGUUCGGACAUUCCGUAAAGAGGGUCCUUUGGGAUUUUUGAUUUUUAUCACUCGGAAAUGUUUAUAGAUUGGCAUUUAUAAGUAUUAUUGUAUACUCGAAGUUAUUAUAGUUUAAAUGAUGAUAAUUAUACUAAAUUGAAUUGAUUUUAAGAUGAAAAAUUUGUGUUAAUUAUAAUUGUUUUAAUAACUAUUAUUAACAAAGGGCCCAUUUUUAUCUACUGAAAAAAACUUUCUUUUCUCUAUUUCAAAUCUACCCUCGUUUGACUAUAUAUUAUUUUAGCUAGUGUUUCAUUACUAUACCUUAUAGCGAUAAGAUAAAGUGCUAUAUUGAUUGUACUUGCGAUUUUAUUUAUCAAUGUAUCUUACGGACUGUGCUUUUGACCUCAUAACAAUUGUAUUUAAAAAUAAACAACUAGACUCACAAUCACGCUCGAAUAUUGUCUGAAUCAAAACUCUGACUAUGUGUCUAUAAGGCAAAUGUUCAGUUGUGUUUUGACCGCGCUUUGAAUACAACGCCACGCAACGACAAUGUGUUUAGUGAAAAACUGUCCAAAUAACUGCAUAUCCUAAUUUAAAAAAGGAUGCAGUAAUUAUUCGUAUUUCAUGUAAGUGGCCGUUUAAAUCAACAAAAUGCUAAAACAAAAUACAUCGCCGAAAAUCACCAAAUUUUUGUUCAAACUUUAGUGCCACGAUAUAAGGUUUUAAUUUGAAUGAAUGGUAUGGGAUAGGGGUUCCUGUUUCCGCAAUUAAACCACAAGAAUGGGUCCAUUUUGCGUGCAUUAUUGGGCAGUUACUCCAACCAGCCCAGCUUCAUCCAGAAGUUCAGAAUAUUCCUGGGGUGUUCGCAGACUUCCUGGAGCGACCUCGUAUUAGUAAAGCUUUUUGCCCGUUGGUUGGCCACCCUCACACAUUCCAGGAUUACGUGAGUGACCGUUUCGUCCUCGGCUAGACAGCCUCUGCACUUAGGACUGUCCGUUAUGCCGAUUGUGAAAAGGUGCUUGUUUAGUGAUGUGAUGACCCGUUAGGGUGCCCACCAUUAUACGGAUGUCAUGUCUGUUGAGGCUGAUAAGUCUACGUGUCAGUUUGGGCGACAGUGCAGGCAUCGUUUCUUUCGACUGUACAGCUUGAGAUUUUCAUCCAUCGGGUGUUGUGUAGGUUGUUGGUGAAAGAGCGUAUCCAUGAACGCAUUUGGCUGAAGGCCAGUGGCAGAACUGGCAAUGGACCAGUCACUUGGGUUGCCGAUGCCCGCCCUGCAAGUUCAUCCGCUGCGUCAUUACCCAACGAACCGCUAUGUCCCUUAAUCCAAAAUUGAAUGAAUGCUAUGUUAUAUAUAACGGCGCUCGGACAUUUUUGACGACCUUUUAAUAGGCGAUUGGGAAUCUAGUUGUUUAUAAUAACGACAAUGAUUAUGUAUGAAACUAUUGUCAAAAAUACCCGAAUGUUUUAAUAAUAUGUAUAAUGCUUUCUGUUUACAAAGUUGCCUGAAUUAUACAGACUAGUAAAAAGCAACGGUCCCCUAUUCUCUUCGUCUAAGAUUAUAUCAAUUAUAUAUUUAUUGCUUUCUAUAAGAAUUUCAUGAAAUAAAUAAUAAACAAAGAAGGUU